UACCCUCCCACUGCAUUCACUUGCAAAUCACUGUAUGCCUGGAAAAACCUGCACUCUCCCCAGCCCCAGACCCUUCUCAUGUUGAGCACUGCAGCUCCAUCAGCAGCAAUAUCUUUCUGUGUGAGGGGACUUUUCUUAUUAAUCAUGGGCACUGAAAUGGAAAACCAAUCAGAUAGAAAGUCCCUUUGGCUUCAGCUUCCUGCCUGCCUGAGUUAAAAGUGAUGCUGCGAGAGAGGGAGCCCCAGUUAGAUGUGAAUAGAUCCAGCAGUGGGAGAUACUGUAAACAGGCAGCAGAGGGGAAAGCAGGCAAAGAAGCAGCACUGAGCAGUGCAUCACUGAGACAAGCUAGAUUCACUUUACAUUGGUGAAUAAGGUCCUUUAAAGUAGAAUACAACCUUUCAAGAGUUUUGUUCUGGUGAAACAGGAGAGACGUCAACCCCAGCAGCAUCCUUGCUAAAGCUGCAAACAAUGAGGACUUGUUACUGCUUGUCAUUUCUGUUCUGGACCUAUAUGCUUCAUGUGGUUCACAUGACACCAUCCCCCAAAAGGACUACCAAAUAUUCACAAAAUGAAAGGAUACUGGGGUUUUCACAGGAUGAUGGCAAAACCCUGCACCGCAGCAAACGUGGCUGGAUGUGGAAUCAGUUUUUCUUGCUGGAGGAGUACACAGGUCCAGAUACUCAGUAUGUGGGCAAGCUACACACUGACCAAGAUAAAGGAGAUGGAAAUUUAAAAUACAUAUUAACAGGAGAUGGGGCUGGCAGUCUGUUCAUUAUAAAUGAAAAUACAGGAGAUAUUCAUGCUGCAAAGAAAUUGGACCGAGAAGAAAAGUCCCUGUAUGUGCUACGUGCCAAGGCUAUAGACAGAAAGACUGGAAGACAAGUGGAGCCGGAAUCUGAAUUUAUCAUUAAAAUCCAUGAUAUCAAUGACAAUGAACCAAAAUUUACAAAGGACAUGUACAUCGCCAGAGUUCCUGAAAUGUCUGAAGUUGGAACUUCUGUUAUCCAAGUGACAGCUACAGAUUCUGAUGAUGCCAACUAUGGAAACAGUGCCAAAGUAGUGUAUAGCAUCCUCCAGGGACAACCAUAUUUCUCAGUGGACCCAGAGACAGGAAUAAUCAAAACUGCUUUACCAGACAUGAGCAGAGAAAACAGGGAGCAGUACCAAGUGGUCAUCCAGGCCAAGGACAUGGGAGGCCAGAUGGGAGGAUUAUCAGGGACCACUACGGUGAACAUCACACUGACUGAUGUCAAUGACAAUCCGCCUCGAUUCCCCCAGAGUACUUACCAAUUCAGCUCUCCUGAGUCUGCAUCACUUGGGACUUCUCUCGGCAGAAUAAAAGCCAAUGACCUCGAUGUGGGUGAAAAUGCUGAGAUUGAGUAUAGCAUUUCCAAAGGGGAUGGAUCAGACAUGUUUGAUAUCAUCACUGACAAGGACACACAGGAAGGGAUUAUAACCAUCAAAAAGCAGUUGGAUUUUGAAAACAAGAUGAUGUACUCCUUAAGAGUGGAGGCAGCCAACACUCAUCCUGACCCACGCUUUUUCCACUUGGGGCCAUUUAAGGAUACAGCUCUCAUCAAAGUUUCUGUGGAAGACAUAGACGAACCUCCAAUGUUCAGCAGGAGCUCUUAUAUAAUAGAAGUAGAUGAAGAUUCCAAGGAGGGAACGAUCAUUGGACAAGUGAUAGCUCAAGAUCCAGAUACCACCAAGAAUGCGAUAAAAUAUUCUGUGGAUCGACACACUGACCUCGACAGAAUAUUCAACAUCUAUUCAGGAAAUGGGUCUAUAUUCAUCUCAAAGCCACUUGAUCGGGAAGAAAACCCCUGGCACAAUAUCACUGUUAUAGCAACUGAAAUCAAUAAUCCUAAGCAAAGUAGCCAGAUACCUGUCUUCAUCAGGAUUUUAGACAUAAAUGACCAUGCACCAGAAUUUGCUAAAUAUUAUGAAACUUUUGUUUGUGAAAAUGCAAAAGCAGGACAGCUGGUCCAGACUGUUAGUGCUGUGGACAAAGAUGAGCCUCCUCGAGGCCACAAAUUCUUCUUUGAGUUGGUGCCCGAAUUUGCAGUUCAUCCCAACUUCUCUGUUGUUGACAACAAAGAUAACACGGCAGGGAUUCUCACUAGAAGAAAUGGAUACAGUCGCAGUAAAAUGAGUACCUAUCUCCUGCCAGUCUUAAUAUUCGACAAUGACUAUCCAAUCCAGAGUAGCACCGGCACGCUGACAAUUCGAGUGUGUGCCUGUGAUAGCCGGGGGAACAUGCAGUCCUGUAAUGCCGAAGCCUUGCUCCUUUCAGCUGGCCUGAGCACGGGUGCUUUGAUUGCCAUUCUCCUCUGCAUCAUUAUACUGCUAGUUUUAGUUGUGCUGUUUGCAGCACUGAAGAGGCAGAGAAAGAAAGAGCCCUUGAUUAUCUCAAAGGAUGAUGUCCGAGACAAUAUUGUGACUUACAAUGAUGAAGGAGGUGGGGAAGAAGAUACCCAGGCUUUUGACAUUGGAACACUAAGGAAUCCUGAAGCAAGAGAAGAUAGUAAGAUGAGAAGAGACGUUAUCCCAGAAACUAUAUUUCAGAUAAGGAGGACUGCACCUCUAUGGGAAAACAUUGAUGUCCAAGAUUUUAUUCAACGAAGGCUAAAGGAAAAUGAUUUAGACCCAACCGCACCCCCUUAUGAUUCAUUAGCGACAUAUGCCUAUGAAGGGAACGAUUCUAUAGCAAAUUCACUUAGCUCUUUGGAAUCACUUACUAUGGAUGGCAAUCAAGAUUAUGAUUACCUCAGUGACUGGGGACCUCGAUUUAAAAAGCUGGCAGACAUGUAUGGUGGAGACGACAGUGACCGAGACUGAGAAAGUAAUCUGUUACUUGGUCAGUGUUAGUGGAGGUAAUGUCUAUGUUACUAGAUAAAGUGGCCUACAUUCUCUUACUUGGAAAAAAAUACAAAAAAUAGAUGUUGUUUUAGUAAGGUUUGCUUAAUCAAUAAGUCAACGUAAAUGAAUAUGAUUGAUUUAGAUAUAAAAAUAAAAUCUAUACUUCACCCUCUCUGCCUAAAAAACCCCUGGAGGAAGAUUCUCACCGACAUGAGAAGACACUAAAAAAAAAGGCUUUUUGUGCCUUUAAUAAUAAAUAGAUGGAAAACUUAUACUUUUUUUUUAAUUGUUUUGCAUCACAUUUAUUACUAGUUGGGAGAUUGUGCACUCGUGUUGUAACAUAAUCUGAAAAAGUAUAACUUAAAAAAAGGAAUUAAUAUUACUGCCAUAUUUAUUGAGUUAAAGAAUGUCUGUGUUGAUUCAUCAUGAUAUUUUUAUAUAUGUAUAUUUAUAUUUUUGUAUUUUUAUUAAAUAAAUUAGUAUUUGUAAAAACAUUAUUUCAUUUACUUUGCCAGUCAUAAAUUACUGAACAGGAAGAAUCAUAUGCUGUAUGGAUUUUUUCUUCAGACUAACGUCUUUACUUCAGAAUAAUGGCUGUACUGUAAAAUGAAGAG